AUGUCGACGGUCCACGCUGUGUUGCCUUCGCUAGAGACGUCUUUCCUCUCAACCCGUAAUGCGUUAAUAUUUGCUGGUCUUUGGCUGGUCUAUCAGCUGCUCAAGGCUCUGUACAAUGUAUCGCCUCUGCACCCAUUGAGUCGCAUCCCCGGUCCCAGGCUAGCAGCAGCCACGUACUGGCCGGAAUUUUACUACGAUGUCGUCAAGUUUGGAUGCUACACCAAAGAGAUUAGCAAGAUGCAUGAGCAAUACGGCCCUAUCGUUCGCAUCAAUCCUCAUGAAGUGCAUUGCAACGACAUUUCCUUCGCAGAUGAGAUUUAUGCUGUUGGAGGGCGGAAACGUGACAAGCCCGUGCACCAGAUCAAUGGCUCAGCACUCGGGCAGGCUGGCUUCGGAACUGCAGACCACGACCUACAUCGACUACGUCGAAUCCCUGUGGCCAAGUUUUUCUCACGCGGAAUGAUUGCGAGGUUGGAGCCAGAGAUCCAUAGUCUGGCGCAAAAACUUUGCGACAAGCUGCUCAGACAGUCGGGUGAAGAAGAGGCAUUCGACAUUGCCAUGGCAUACAGUUGCUUCACUUCUGAUGCAAUUUCCGGUUACAGCUUUGGCGAGAGCUUCGGAUUUUUGGAUCAAGAAGGCUGGUAUCCCAACUUUCGCGAACCUGUUGCCUCGAUCCUAAGACCUGUCUUCAUUUUCCGCUUCUUCCCGUGGACCAAAGCUGGCGCCGGUCUGGGUAAAUACUUGGUUGACUACAUGCCGCCAAGCUCUGCUCUUAUGGUUCGUACGCUGCAGAUCGAUCUUCCCGAAAAGAUGAGGAAAGCAAAGGCCGACAUCGAUGCGGGUAUCAGGUACGACCGACCGACUGUUUUUGGCACUAUCCUAGAGUCCGACCUGGUCUCGUUGGAGAAAGAGCCACAGAGACUGGCCGAUGAAGCCGCUGGAGUCAUCGGUGCUGGGACAGAGACAACGAGUUGGGCCAUGUCUGUCAUCACAUACCACCUCUUGACCAAACCGGAACUCCUCAACAAACUCCGCCAUGAGCUGCAGUCAGUUAUCAAGGAUCCGAAGCAGCUGCCUGCAUGGACUGAACUUGAGACCCUGCCAUACCUGGGAGCAGUCAUCCAGGAGGGCCUAAGGCUAUCAUAUGGUGUAUCUGCUCGAACGGCCCGUGUCCCCACCCAGGAGAAUUUAGUCUUCCGUGGAGAAUGGAACAAGCGUCCGGUCGAAUACACCAUUCCGCAAGGCUAUGCGAUAGGCAUGUCAGCUGCCAUCACUCAUCAUGAUGAGAAGGUAUUUCCCAACUCCUACGCCUUCAUCCCUGAACGAUGGCUAGACGAGAACAACGAACGAAGAAAGGACGUGGAGCACAGCAUGCUCGCCUUCUCAAAGGGAAGCCGCUCGUGCUUGGGCAUGAACCUUGCAUUGUGUGAGCUCAAUCUGAGUCUUGCGGCAUUGGCUUUGCGCGUCUUGCCUCACAUGCACUUGUCAGAUACAACAGCCGAAGAUGUUGCGUACGACCACGAUAUGUUCAUUCCCAUGACAAAGGAUAAUAGAGGCGUGCGAGUGACGAUAGACUAG